AUGAAGAUUCAAGGUUUGCUACAGGACUUCGACUUUGCCCAAACAAAGUCUGAUGACGAAGAAGAAGAGACUAGUGAGGACUUCUCUGAAAGUGAUGACUAUGAGAGUUGUGACUAUGAGAUAGAGUCAAAUUCAGAUGAUGAUACAAUUGAAGAUGUUUGUGAAUUUGGGGAGGAGGAUAUUAUGAAGAGUGAUGAUGAUUUGGAUAGUAACAAGGGUUCUGACAAUGAGAAAGAAAGGCCUAACUUUCCUGUUUUUAAUCCAAUCGAGAUAUAUAGACCAACCUUUGAGUUGGGCAUGAUUUUCAGUACCAGAACAGAGUUAAGGCAAGCUAUACACUCUCAUGCUAUUAUCACGAGAAGGAGCAUAAAUAUUACAAAAAAUGACAAGAGUAGAUUACAUGCCAAGUGUGUUGAGAAGGGGUGUGGAUGGAAGCUUCAUGCACUUAAGGUUACAAAUGAGUGCACCUAUCAGGUGAGAACUUAUGGUCCUGAUCACAGUUGUGGGAUGAGUUUUCAUGUAAAAAAUUUGAAAUCUAAAUGGUUAUCUAGUAAAUACUUGGAUAAGUUUAAAUGUGAUCCUAAGAGAAAUCUGAAAGGCUUUAGAAUUGAAGCAAUGAAGGAUGUUAAAUGCCAUAUAUCAAGUUAUCAGGCUUAUAAUGCUAAAAGGAAAGCUAUCGAAAUGAUUGAGGGAGUUCUAGAUGAACAAUAUUCUUUGCUAUGGGAUUUUGUUGAUGAAGUUAAAAGAACCAAUCCGGGUAGCACUGUGAUAGUUGGGACUGAUCAAUUAGCAGGUGAAAAUAGGUUUGAUAGGAUAUAUGUGUUUGCAUGCUUUGAGAAUGGGGACUACGAAUGGACCUUUAUAUCCGAUAAACAAAAGGGAUUAAUUCAAGCAUUUGAAGUGGUAUUUCAUAAUUCUGAUCAUAGGUUUUGUGUUAGGCAUAUGCAUUCAAAUUUCGAAAAUGCUGGUUUCAGAGGACAAGCCUUCAAGAGUAUUUUGUGGAAGGCAGCACGAGCCACAACAUUGAAUGAGUUUAGCAGAAAUAUGGAAGAAAUGAACGAGUUAGAUGAAAAUGCAUUUCAGUGGCUGAAUGAUAAUCCGCCUCAAAAUUGGAGUAGGUCACACUUCAAUACCUAUCCUAGGUGUGACAUGUUAUUGAACAAUGGCUGCGAGUCUUUCAACAGUAGUAUUUUAGAGGCAAGGGAAAAGCCUAUCGUGUCUAUGCUUGAAUGGAUUAUGGAAUAUUUAAUGACAAAACUGCAAAAAAAUAGGGAUAGAGCAGAAUAA